ACGGGUUCAGUCCCGGCCGGCUCUCGGCUCCGCCGGAGGGAAGCUCCGCGGUGCGGGCUCUGUGACGCGCCCGCACAGUGCAACCAGAGCGGGUUCGCGCAAGGUUGCUGCUGCGCGAGGCGCAUUUUCCUGGGAACCAUCCGGGGAAAUCCCGGCUUUAACUACGGGCCCUUCGGCCAUUGUACCGACCCCUCUAGCCGCAGAAGGACGGCAAAGGGGGGCUGAAGCUGAGCUGAGCUCUUCCCGAGUGGGGAGAGCCCUCCAGGGCGAGGUUGGAAGGGAGGGUAGGGUGUUGCGAAGUUCACGGCCAGCGGUUGGAUUAUUCGGGACAGUUUGCGCCUGGGGGCUGCGAAGUCAGCGAAGAGGACAAGGGCAUGCUCAGUGGUGGUGGCGGUGAUGCAGACCUGGCCAACGCCGCGGCGCGGGGCCAAGUGGAGGCCGUGCGGCAGCUCCUCGAAGCCGGUGUGGAUCCCAACAGACUCAACCGCUUUGGGAGACGCCCGAUCCAGGUGAUGAUGAUGGGCAGCGCCCGCGUAGCCGAGCUGCUGCUGCUCCACGGCGCGGACCCCAACUGCGCGGACCCCGCCACGCUCACCCGACCGGUGCACGACGCCGCCAGGGAGGGCUUCCUGGACACGCUGGUGGCCCUGCACCGAGCCGGGGGGCGGCUGGAUGUGCGCGAUGCGUGGGGCCGCCUGCCCGUGGACCUGGCCGAAGAGCGGGGCCACCGCGACGUCGCCGGGUACCUGCGCGCGGCCACGGGAGACUGAGGGCGCGCGUACAUAGCCGCCCACAACGACUUUUUUUCUCUCCAUUUCGCCACCCCAACUUAGUUCAAAGAGGGCUGCAAACCUAGAAUAGCGGAAGUCUUCCUGGGCGACUGGAUUCCCGGCAGCGAAGGAGGAGCUGACUGGAAAUAAUUUUUUCUCCGCACCGCCCCCCCCCCUACCCCCUCUGGAUACUGCCCUGGGCACUCACCGUGAAGCAAAAUGAAGAGAGGUGGGGCACAUGGAUUUCCAGUAGGAGCCGAAUGUGGAACUCCCAGGUUUGUUUUUCAGGGUUUUCUGGUGAAAAGCGGCAUGUGAGCAAGUCCAUGAACAAACCCAAGUGCUGUGAAUCUUCACACAGAAGGUGCUGGGGCGGAGUGGGAGGCGGAGGCCACUAGCCUUCAGGUGGGAGGCGGGUGAUAACGAUCGCCCCACUGACCUUGAAGGACCACCCCGUAAGUCCCCACGUCGGGCGAGGCCCUGAGGGAAAAUCUGGAGAUGGAGGACCAGACAAUGACGAGGACGAAGAUCGAAUUGGGCUCAGUAGGCGACCAACGCUUUCUUUACAGGCUUGCGGAGCGGGGCAGGUCGUGAGCAAAAAGCUAC